AUGACAUGUGACACGCCCCCAGAUGCGGGUGGUCCCGGGCUUGAGGGCGACGCCGGCCACUUCAGGAGCCCAGUCGCCCAAACUAAUGCGCUAGCUGGCUACAACCUGGGCGUCUCGUGUGCUACGGGUCCCGAGGGAGGUGUGGAGUGGUCCUACGUGACGUUGGCUGCCCUAACGAGAAACUCAAUUAAUCUGCUUCCCAACCAUCUUGCACAAGCUUUGCAUGUCCACUCUGGUCCUGAGGAAAUUAACAAGAGAAUAGAGAGCGCCAUCGACUUACGGAGUGGCGAUAAGUUGAGGCGCGAGAAUAUCAAGGCUCUGUCGGUGACCUUUAAAGACGCCAGCAUGGAGCAGAAGUACUCCCAGAUGAGAGACGAGGUGUUCAAGUCGAACCUGGUGUGUGCCUUCAUCGUCCUCAUCUUCAUCACCACCAUACAGAGUCUGCUGCCGUCUACCAGGCUGGUCACCAUGGUGAUCCAGUUCUCUGUGCUCAUCCUGCUGCACUGCUGCCUGGUGCUCGUCACCACGGCGGAGGACUACAAGUGUCUGCCGCUGCCCCUCCGCCAGGGCUGCUGCUGGAUCAACGAGACCUACGCCGCCCGCAACGUCAUCGUCUUCCUGUCCAUCCUCAUCAACUUCCUGGCCGCCAUGAUCAACAUCCUCUGGUGUGACUUCGACAAGUCCAGCACCUUUAGAAACCAGACUUACAACGAGUCAAUAUUCAUCCCGGACAUCUGCUUCUACCCCGAGUACUUUGUGUUCACGGGCGUGCUGGCGAUGGUGACGUGCGCGGUGUUCCUGCGGCUGAACUCGGUGCUGAAGCUGGCCGUGCUACUGGUGAUGAUCGCCGUCUACUCCCUCCUGACCGAGGCCUUCUACAGCUCCCUGUUCCUGCGCUACGAUGCGGUGCACCGCAACACAGAAAACUUCCUGGGGACCAAAGAGACGUCUCUUCUGCUGAUGGCCAUGUUCCUGCUGGCGGUCUUCUACCACGGGCAGCAGCUGGAGUACACGGCGCGGCUAGACUUCCUGUGGCGGGUGCAGGCCAAGGAGGAGAUCAACGAGAUGAAGGAACUGCGCGAGCACAACGAGAACAUGCUGCGCAACAUCCUGCCCAGCCACGUCGCACGCCACUUCCUGGAGAAGGACCGCGACAACGAGGAGUUGUACUCGCAGUCGUACGACUCGGUGGGCGUAAUGUUCGCCUCCAUCCCGGGCUUCGCCGACUUCUACUCCCAGACGGAGAUGAACAACCAGGGUGUCGAGUGCCUCCGCCUGCUCAACGAGAUCAUCGCCGACUUCGACGAGCUGCUGGGAGACGAGCGCUUCCAGGACGUCGAGAAGAUCAAGACCAUUGGCAGCACCUACAUGGCCGUCUCCGGGCUGUCCCCCGAGAAGCAGCAAUGUGAAGAUAAGUGGGGUCACUUGUGUGCGUUGGCUGACUUUGCAACCGCCCUGAACGAGAGCAUCCAGGAGAUCAACAAACACUCCUUCAACAACUUUGAGCUGAGAAUCGGCAUCGCCCACGGCUCGGUGGUCGCCGGGGUGAUCGGCGCCAAGAAGCCGCAGUACGACAUCUGGGGCAAGACGGUGAACCUGUCGAGCCGCAUGGAUAGCACGGGCGUCAGCGGCAAGAUCCAGGUUCCCGACGACACCUUCCUCAUCCUCAAGGAGCGCGGCUUCGCCUUCGAGUACCGCGGCGAGGUCUACGUCAAGGGCAUCAGCGAGCAGGAGGGCAAGAUCCGCACGCACUUCCUGUCGGGCCGCGUGCAGCCCAACCCGCUGGUGCUGCAGCCCCGCAAGGUGACGGGCCAGUACUCGCUGGCGGCCGUGGUGCUGGGCCUGGUGCAGUCGCUCAACCGGCAGAAGCAGAAGCAGAUCCUCAACGACAACAACAACUCUGGCAUGAUGAAGGGCCACCACCACUACAACCGCCGCACACUACUGGCGCCAGGAGGAGGAGGUGGGGGCAGCGGGCACCACGCGGAGCCCGGAGACAAGACAGAGCUUUCCUGAAGCAGGAGGAGCGGGAGGAGUUGGGAGGACGAUGUGGAGGUGGGAGGAGCAACACGCUUCACGCUGAGCCUGCUAUUAAAACAGAGCUUUCCUGAGGAGAUGUGGGGGAGGUGAGCCUGGAGGUGGGAGGAGCUAGGAGGUGCACUAUGGUAUGCCUGCCGAAAAGACUGAGCUUUUCUGAUGCAGGCGGUGGCACCAAUAAAUGCUUUCCUUAAAGUAGGAGCACCUUGUGGGAGGUGGUGAGGGGAGAGGUUGGGGGAGAGGAAGGGUGGAGGGGGAGCCAUGAGGAGGAGAAGGAAGGAGGAGCACUGCACCGAGCCCACUGACAAUAAUGAGCUUUCUUUGAGGGAGUGGACCCUGGGUAUGGGAGAUGGGAUGGGAGGGGUGUUAUUGUUCGGGGAGGAGGGGAGGAGAGGAGGAGAGGAGGAGAGGAGGAGGAGGAGAUUCAACCUUCCUCUGCUGAACGAUGUCUUAUAUCCCAACCCCGCACCCCUCUUCCUACUCUGUGUCCACACCCCCUUUUUAUGUCACUAUGGCUAACCGACCAAUCCCAACCCUCCCUGCCCCGGCCCCGCCCCCUCACCCCGAUCGCCCCGUGUCAAUGUUUUUCGUCUUCUUUUGUAUUUCUUUUAUAUCUGAGAACACAAUAAAGGGGUCUAAUUUUUAUAAAACCA